UGUUUAGAUAUUUGGAGCGUCGGUAAAUAUUUAGGUCUUUCCUUCAAGUAAAAAUGGACUUAUCGGUUACCACAUACGAUUAUUUAGCAUGAAUAAUGCUGGGAGGGAGAGAUUCUAUUAUUUCUCGAUGCGUUUAUACUAAGGCUACGUUUCAAAAACUGUGAAAAGCGAAAAACUGUGGGAGGUAAAAUCGUCAAGAAGACCGUGAAACGGAGCUCACUCAAAUAGAAAGAAUACCAAGAGAUAUCACGCGUCGAGGCUUCUCUGAUGGUCUUUACAAUGGAAAGCAACGAGAGUGUGGUCGUUGCACAGGGGGAUAAAACCAAACGUGUCAUACUUAGACAAAGAAUCGCUAUCCAAUUUCUUACUGUCUUGUGUUUUAUUUUCUCGAUCUUGUUCGUGUGGCAACUGACGACAAAUGUCACUGGGGGGAAGGAUUCAGACAAAAGCCAUUUACCGACCAUCAACAACGAUAAACUGCUUGAACUGAAAGCUAGCCGCUGUCCUGUCGUGCCAUCACAGCAGCUUCUUCCAAGAUCCCUACCAAGUACAGUCAACAAAGCCUUGUAUCUUGAGGACUUGGUAUUCAAGUCUUUAACGGAAUUGCCAUCAUUGGAAGCACUAACGGCCAGUAUAUUGUAUCAAGACAAAGUUGUGUGGGCGAAAAAGCAUGGAACGAGGGAUUCCAAAGCCUCAUCUCCAGUCCCCCCGAAUGAAAAUACAGUGUUCAGAGUAGCAAGCGUCAGUAAGAUCUUAACGGUGAUAUUCGUUUUCUUUUUGCUGGAAUCCGGAAGUAUUUCUAGUCUGGAUGAUCMUUUAGAGAAAUAUGAACCCAACUUUGUCGUUAUCAAUAAAUUUGAUUCCAACAAAAUCACGCUCAGGCACAUUCUCACCCACACGUCAGGGCUGCCCAGAGAGGUACCAUGUGGAGACAGCUGGUCUAAAAGCUCGUCGAUAUUAUGUCCUGUUAAUACAACAUUUGUAUUAGAAAAACUUAAAAUGACCGAACUGAAAUCUCCUCCGGGUAAAGAACCGAAUUACAGUAAUCUGGGAUUUGCACUGCUGGCUCGUAUUCUUGCUCACCGGUUUGCCGGGGGACACUAUGAGAAAUGGGUUCUCAAGAAUGUACUUAUUCCUCUGCGCAUGACUAACUCUGGUUUCGAUUUGAAAAGCAUGCCAACAAACAAAGCAGUAAGCUAUGGAUCUGAUGGCCGACCAAAUGCUGAGGUAGACUGGGGCUGGGCUGCGCCUGCAUUUCAGUUCUAUUCAAGUACAGCCGACUUAUCAAAGUUGAUGAUGGCUUUGUUUCAAGUAACUUCAUUUAGAAUUCUUCAACCUGAGAUGCUUACACAAAUAUUGACGCCAAAUUUCGUCUAUCCUGAUGGUUCUACGAUGAUAGGGCUUGGUUGGGAGAUGAAGCUAACAGGCUCGUUUAUUCUGGUUUCUAAAGCAGGCAUUAUACCGGGAUAUUCAGCUGGCUUUGCUUUCUAUCCUCAAUUAAAAUUAGGUGCUAUUGUGCUCAUGACUGGUCGCGAGGUUGCACCAGCUGCUGUUGAACUUCUUUUAAAACCAAUAAUACAACGUUUCGCCUCCUUCAUGAUUAAACAGAUAAAGAUUAACGUUCCUUCAAAUACAAUGAAAUACUUAGGUUCGUAUGAGCUGGUCUCGAAGUGGAUCGAAAAAGUCCGAUUCAACAUCACAUUAGAAGAGAACGUUCUCCAGCUACACCAGGAUCCCGGCUUUCCUUCGCUCUCUUAUCUUAACUUUAUUAAAGAUAACAUACUAGAAUUAGUCUACAAACCCGGCUUCUCUUGUAAAGUAUAUAGUAUGGGGCAGAACCAUGAGAGGCUGCACUUCUACCCACCGCCAUCCCAGGAUGGAAAGUGUCCUGGGUUUAAAUUUGGACCUUUUGAAUUUGUAAGAACUAAAGAAAACUCCUACACUAGGCGGGAGUUGGGUGGCUUAAAAAUGACAUUAUCAAGAUUGCUUUGAUAGAUGUCGCUCUUAGAUGUCGGUUGAGAGUUUCAACCUCUUCUGGUUCGCCUUUGGCUGUCGGUUUUAUUCUGUUCUGGUUUGCCAGAAACAUCGCAGCAUGAAAAAAAGAAUACGUGGAGAAAUAAUAAACAAUUGCCCUAUUUCAUAAUGACGACACAUCAAAACAAACUAUUGUUUUAACGCUAGGGAUCAUGGUCUCUGGAGAGGGAUGGAAUGACAACACAUCUUAAAUCACAAUGAAAUUUGGUUUAUGAGCUGGUGAAGGCAAGAACAACUAAAUAUUACGCUAAAUACCUCGAAAGAAGAGAAUUAAGCUUAAAUUAGCCUAAAUUUCUAUCAUUUUAGCCGAUGUAAACAAACCGUGACGUCAUUAUGAAAUAGGGCAAUUAUUGGAUGAAGUUUGAUGAUAUUUGGAAUUAUCGAUGUCGAGGUAAGAGUCAUUGGCCAACGUCGUAGGCUGAGGCCAAUAACGUUUGCCGAGACAUUGAUAAUUCCGGAUAUCAUCAAAACCGAAUCCAAUAAAAUGUUUCACUAUACAUUGUUCAAAUAGAUUAUAACUAAUAAUACAAAGAAUGAUAAAUUUAUAUUAUGGAUUAAUAUAUUGGAAAACAGCAUCGACUUAUCCACUACGAGAUAAGGAUUUAUCCGUUGGAAAGCGCUAUCCACCCUUUGUACAACCGGGCCCUGAUUUCUAGCUAGGCUAAUAAAAUUCCAAAGAAAGUAUCAUUAAUUAGUCAUAAAUUAUUAUUAUUUAUCAUAACUUAUUAAUUUAUUUGUAUUCAAUUUAUUGCUCAACAUAUCAGUUUCAAAAUGCUUUUAUUGCAGUCAGGUUAAGAUCGAAUAGUACUUCUGUCUCUUUAGUUACUUUUUAAUCUGCAGUUUGCGAUUGUAAAGCGACAGACUUCACCUCUUUGGAGUUGAAAAACGUGUCGCUUUAUCCCUUUGCAUUUUGGGGGACGCGGGAUAGGAAACCUUAAUUGUAUACAUACAUACAUACGAACAUACUAUUUUGUACCUGUAAGACAGAUGUACAACAUCAAGGUUAUGUACAAGAUAAUUUGUAAAUUUGUGUUAAUUUUCUAAGUUUUAAAAAUAAACGAAUUAAAUAAUU